ACUGUUGAAGCUGAGGACUCAAGGUCGAUGGUCCGAUACAAUAGACUGGAUGGUCAAACUCCAAUGACCGUCCCAGCAAUGCCACAAAGGUAAAGAGCUGGUCCACUGUUCCACAGCCAUUGCUCCACCAGAAUUGGUCAAUCCAUCGGAGCCUUCUUCCCUGCACCAUUAAAUAAACAUUCCUGUGGAGGUUGAGGUUAUGUGAUACCGCAAUAAUUGUAGUGCACCCUGCAGACCCCCUUUUUGAAACUGGGAACUACCACUUUCGACCUCCAUGUGAUUCUGGAGAGGCGUGUCAGCAAAGACAGCCCAACAAUGUCCAAAACCUUCAGCAUCUCAGGCCAAAUCUCAUCCACAUGGCAACUUGCUGCCAAAGAGAUUUUGACUACCUCCAGGAGAUAUGAAUUCUCUCCAUCAGGUCCUGUCAGAGUUCAGUGUUGUUCGGCCAAUCAGGACCAACUUAGAGGGGCGUUUCCUGUCAGCGUCUGUCUCCGCCCACCACCUGCACCCUAACAAAAGAUACGCCCACUCUGCAGAGGACUUGAUAACUGACACCAACAAGGUCAGGAAAAAAAGACAGACUCAAACAGACACAUCUCACCAGACCCCGCCCAUAGAUAUAUCACCGCCCAACCAAACAGGGCACAGCUGGAUGGGGCUGGCUGAGGAGGAGGAGGAGCUUUUCUACAAUGUGACAGUGUUCGGUCAGGAUCUCCACCUGCGGCUGCGUCCGAACUCUCGACUUGUUGCCCCCGCUGCCACCAUGGAGUGGUGGGAGGAGUCAGGACACAAACACUCUGAGCCAAUAGAGGACACCCGCUGCUUCUACACAGGAGAGGUGUCCAACAUGGAGGACACAUCUGUCGCCGUUAGCAACUGUGAUGGACUGGCUGGGAUGAUCCGGAUGGGUCAGGAGGAGUUUUUCAUCGAGCCGCUGGAUCGACGAUGGACAGGAGAAGAAGAAGAAGAAGGAGAAGCAGAAGAAGGGGAGGAGGAAGGAGGAAGACGACACAUUGUUUAUCGUUCAUCAUCCAUCAUCAAGACACAACUAGCUGUCAAUCAGUCUCAAGGUGUCAAUCAAACUGCAGAUGACUUCCUCCGAGGUCCUCUUUUAGGUUCUUUUAACUUGAACCAAAAUGUGUUGGGGUCAAGAUCUGACUCAGUUCGACGACGGCGCUACAUUGAAGAGGCAGAACUAUUUAACAUUGAGGUUUUGUUAGCUGUGGAUUAUUCUGUCCUUCUUUUCCACGGCCGAGACCACAUUCAGAAAUAUCUUCUGACACUCAUGAACAUAGUUAAUGAGAUCUAUCAGGACCAUUCGCUGGGUGCCAACAUCAAUGUUGUUUUGGUCAGAAUCAUCAUGUUGUCUCCAUCAAAGUCUCAGGAGAUGAUAUCUGUGGGGAAUCCCCAGAAGAGUUUGGAGAAUGUUUGUGGAUGGUCCUAUCUCCAGCAGAGGGAGCAGAAUCACGCCGAGCAGCAUGACCACACCAUCUACCUGACCAGGCAGGAGUUCGGCCCCUCCGGCAUGCAGGGUUAUGCUCCAGUUACAGGAAUGUGUCAACUGCAUCGGAGUUGCGUGCUUGUGAUUGAGGACGGUUUUUCCUCAGCCUUCGUAGCUGCACAUGAAACAGGACACGUUUUAGGGAUGGAGCAUGAUGGCGAGGCAAAUGACUGUGCUGAUGACGUGUCAUUGGGCAGCAUCAUGUCUCCGCGGGUUCAGGCCACCUUCCACCGAUACCAUUGGUCCAGGUGCAGCUGGAGGGAGCUGCACAAGUACCUGAAUACAUAUGACUGUCUCCGUGAUGACCCAUUCAAUCAUGAUUGGCCAGCUCUGCCUCAGUUGCCAGGAUUUCAGUACUCCAUGGACCAACAGUGUCGCUUUGACUUUGGACCAGGAUACAGUCUCUGUACUGCAUACGCAACCCAUGACCCUUGUAAACAGCUCUGGUGUGCCGACUACAACAACCCGUUCUACUGUAAGACCAAGAAAGGUCCGCCGCUCGAUGGGACAAAGUGUGGACCGGGCAGGCACUGCUUUAAGGGUUUCUGCAUGAAGUUGACCCCUGACCUCUUGAGACAAGAUGGCAGCUGGGGAACAUGGACCCCAUUUGGCAGCUGCUCCAGGACCUGUGGGGGUGGGGUCAGGUUUCGGUCCAGAAGCUGCGACAACCCAGCUCCAGCCAACGGGGGGCGCACCUGUUUCGGAAACAGUUUUGAAUUCCAGAUGUGCAACCAGGAAGAGUGUCCACCACUGACCGAUUUCAGGGAGGAUCAGUGUAAAGUCUGGAAUCCAUUUUAUGAACAUGAAGGAUUGAAACAUCACUGGCUGCCGUACCAACACCCUGACUCUGAUGAACGCUGUCGUCUGUACUGUCAGUCGAAGGAAACAGCGGCCGUGGUUUCCAUGAACAGAAUGGUGCAUGAUGGGACGCCAUGUUCUUACAGUGAUGCCCACAGCGUCUGCGUCCGAGGAGAGUGUGAGCAUGUAGGUUGCGAUGGACAGAUUGCUUCAGACCAGCAGGAGGACCGAUGUGGUGUCUGUGGUGGAGAUAACUCCAGCUGUAAGCUCAUCAAAGGAAACUUCACCCGCAGCACCAAGAAACAAGGUUACCUUAAGAUCCUGGAGAUUCCCAAAGGAGCGCGACACCUGCUGAUCCAGGAGUUCAAAGGGACUCCUCACAUCCUGGCGGUGAAGAACCAGGAAACAGGUCACCUCUUCCUCAAUGAUGAAGAUGAACUCCCAGAAUCUCGAGUGGUUAUCGAGAAGGGUGUGGCAUGGGAGUACAUCAACACUGUGGAGCAGGAGUCCCUUCAGACCACAGGGCCACUGAAAUAUGGAGCCCUGCUCAUGGUCCGUUCCCAUGGUGACUCCAAAGUGACAGUGUCUUAUAAGUACAUCAUCCAGGACCGUCUCCGGAGCCCAACGGAGUCCAACCUGGUGGAGGACGCCAUCUUCUACGAAUGGGCUCUGAAGAAGUGGUCACACUGUUCUAAACCCUGCGGCGGAGGGAAACAGUACACGAGAUUCGGCUGCAGGAGGAAAGCUGAUGGGAAAAUGGUUCACAGGAUGUUCUGCGCCAACAUCAACAAACCGAGAGCCAUCAGCCGCAACUGCAACACCAACACGUGCAUCUCGCCACGUUGGGUGACCGGGGAGUGGGAGGAAUGCAGCGCCACCUGUGGUCAGACAGGAUGGCAACGUCGCUGGGUGAGUUGCCAGCAGACACCCAGCACGGACCAGCAGCAGCAGCAACAGCGCUCAGUGCACAGCACACUCUGUGGUGAAGACCGUCCAGAGGGGAAACAAACUUGCAACCGCUUCCCCUGCCCCGCUUCCUGGCGAACUGGGCCCUGGACCCCGUGUUCAGUAUCAUGUGGAAACGGAACUCAGGAACGCCAGGUUGCAUGUUCGAGUCCCGAAGGUUCAGGCCGAAACUGCAGCGACCCUCGACCAAUUACAACCCGCACCUGCCAGGCCCUGGCCUGUAAUGGUGACCGGAAGAAGCCAAUUAUUCAAAUUCUGUCUAGGUUCAACGCAUCCUUCCCGGCUCCAAACAUCUCCAGGCAGCGCUGUCGUGGUGACCGCUCAGUGUUUUGUCGAAUGGAAGUGUUGAAUCGGUACUGCUCCAUUCCUGGGUACCGUCAGAUGUGCUGCAAGUCCUGCAGCCAGGGAAAUUCAAGCAUCAACAGCAACUCAAGCAACUCAAGCAACUCAAGCAACUUCAACUUUAGCAGCACAAAUCUGCCGACCUCCAACAGCAGUUCGUGGAGUGUAACCACAGAGAUGAUGACUUCAGCAUCCACACCCUCCUGGUCUGACAGCAGCUACAUCGUCAAUAACAUCAUCAGCACUCCACCUCUCAUUGUAACUCCACCCCCGACCCCCAGGAGCAGCACCGACUUUGUGUACGUGGAGUAUGAUGAUUACGAUGAGUAUUCGUCCUACGAGGAUCCUUCUAUUCCCUCUACUGCUCCUGACAUCAUUCCAACGACUACUACUACCACUACUACUACUACUACUACUACUACUACUACUACUAUUUCUACUACUACUAGUACUACUACUACUACAAGACGUACAAGAAAAACUGCUCCAUCUCAUUUAUUCAAGAGGAAAACUACCACAGCCACAAUGGGCCCUGCUACAGUUCCCACAGUAACUGCUGAGGGUCAAAGUCUAACAUUGGCACCGGUCAGGACAUCUGCCGUCCCAGAGUUCCCCACCACAACAAUGUCAGCUGAUCCCGACGACAUCAUCACUGCCACAUCAUCACCAAACCAAACAUCAGGAGGGCAGAGCCUUCAAACUAAAAUUACAAGAACUGAACCAACGCCAACAUCGUCAUCCUCAUUCUUCUCCCUCUCCAAGAAGGAGAACAACUCAGUGGACGAGGUCCCGUACCGGAUUGUAGGGUGGGAUACUGACAUCAACAAGGGACAGCAGAACUACUUUGUGCCGCGGAUGCCGCCGUUCCGCGAGCGAACACAAAACAAACGCAUCCAGCAGCUUCUGAAUGAGAAACGACGCCAGGAUCUUCUCAGGAGAUCCAACAGGAGCAAAGAGGGCAGGACUGGCAGAAGACAUGUUGGAUUAUAAACAUAUUUCUGCAGCGUUUUUGUUUUAUUGUUCACUCAUGAUGCCGCAUGUGCAGCUUGCUCACUUCCCGCUAACACUAUUGAACUCUUGAUGAGAAACAGAAACAGACUGCAGUGCCGAGCAACUAAACAAACAGUUUACAGUCAUGUUUGCUGUACAGCAGCUGUCCUUCAGUCUAGAAUAAAGUACGCUGAAUUCUAAACAUGAUGCUUUAACUGUGCAAGAAACAUUUGGUUCAGUCUUCUUCCUUGUCCAUUACGGUUUUUCAUGAUGUUUGUAUCAAAUAAUCCUGUUUUAAAUAAAGCAAAGUGUCAUUCAGCUGUAGAGUCAUGAACACCUGAACAGUUCAACAUGUAGAUAAAUCCUCUUUUUUUCUGAGAGUUAGGGUACUUUUGCCAUGGCAAAUCACUGCAGGGUUGUGAGGUGGUGUGUGGGGGGUGAGACACAAACCAAAAUCAACUUCUUUGUGUCACUAAAUGUAAAUUGUGAGCCAGACCAAACAGAGUUUAGUCCAUGAAUCCACCUGGAUAGUCUCAGUUUAAGAGACAUUUCAGGCUGUCUGUGGAUGUUUGACAGGUCAGAUUGUUUGAUUGGCAGCCACAGCUUGACGUCAGGCUGCAUUUUUCCAAAAAUUGGACCCAGCUCAACUUCUCCACUGCAGGUUGCUGCCUUUUUUGGCAGACAACCCUACAUUCCGCACAACUGACGACCCCGAGUCAAAUGAAUGGAAAAAAUUGCAUUUUUGUUCCUUAGACAUUUAGAUUAAUGUCUGUAUAAUAACGAUGAAGCUAAAUUUAGCUUAUCUUAGCAAAAAGACUGGAACAAAAAUGCAACAGCUAGCCAGGCCAAAGAUGUCUUAAGGUAACAAAAUCCACCUUUUAAGAUGUCGACGAGCGUUAACGCUCCGUUUAACAACGUUAAAUUUGGUUUAUUCAAGAUCUGAAGUGUAAAAAUGACUGCCUCUCUACCAGAAAGGCAUUUUUCCCCCAACAGAUCACCUUUUCCUUUAAACACAAACAGGUUACAUCCUGUCUAAUUCUUUCAUUUUAUGCAGUUAAACCCUCAAGUCACAGCUGUUUUCUGGUAUCCACAUGUUGAUGUUUUCAGUUUUGUGUGUUUCUGGAACAGUUUGAUGUUUUUCAGAGUUAUUUGUGUUUUUUGGUAAAAUUCUUUCUGUUGUAUGAUGAAGAUGGUCUGUUUAACAGGCGGAUGGAGUUGGAUCAGUGGAGACAACUGACUGGUGUAAACGUGAAUCAUCACAUGUUUUCAGAAUGUUUGUUUUUUCUUCCUCCAUCACAUCCAGAUGAGGGGAGAAUUAAACUGUUCAGUUCAACUGCAGGUUUGUUUCUGUAAAUCACAUAAAAUAUCUUCUUUAUUCUUUUUUUUUUAACACAGAACAUUUUUGUCGAAAAUAAAAUGAAACAAAAAUAAAAGUAAGAGGCAAUGAUUUGUUGUUCACUGAAUCCUGAUGUCUUUCUAAUUUAUUAUAUUAUAAAACAAUUUGUUUCUAAAAUGUCUUAAGAUCAUGAAUUAAGUCCAACAUGACGUCUAUAAAUAUUUUUUUAACACUUUUCAUAUAAAAUAUGUAGCACAAAGUGCUUCACACAAUAAAACCUCAACACCCACCUCCCACCCCAGCCCUCCACCCUAACAACCACUUCUAUCCAUUAUAAACAAGCCACUAUG